AUGAACAAAACUCAUCCUCAGAGAAAUGGUGAUGUGGCUGAUUUUGGUUCAACAGAGUCCUCUGGAGAAAGAGGCCGCUGCCAUCCGUGUGGUGCCCGCACUGGCUGCACACAGAGACACCUCUGCAUCUCUGCCGUGGUGCUGCUCGUCCUCGCGGCCGCCCUGGCCUCGGGGGUGGCACUGGCACUCCUGCCACAGGCACCAGUGAGCCGCUUCUGCACAGCCCCCAAUAACAAGACAGGCUUCUUGUGUGAUGACAGAGUGACCUGUGUCCCAGCCAGCUGGGUCUGUGACAGGGUCAGCAACUGCAGGAACGGAGAGGAUGAGCAGGAGCAGCUCUGUGGUGACUUGCCCCACAGCCUCCCAGGGUACCUGGUUUUCUACUGCAGUAACCCCAGAUCCUGGGUUUAUGCUGACCAGAGGUGCAACGGGAUGAACGACUGUGGGGACUGCUCUGAUGAGACGUGGAGCUUGGCCGCCUGCCCCCCGUGUGGGCAGGAGUGGUGGAGCUGCAGCCCUGUGCACUACGAGUUCUGCUCCUGCAUCCCCAGGAGGCUGUGCCGGGAUGGCAUCCAGCACUGCCUGGGCUGGUCCGACGAGUUCGUCUGCACAGCCUGA